AUGGUCGGAUUAGCAGCGCUACUACUUUUAAUAACCCCAAUCCAGGGUCUUUUGACGGCCGAUGUGGUGUCGAGUGAGGAGUACUCAUUGACUUGGUUGUAUGGUUUGAUCAAAAAAAUGCACGAGGAGCAACCGAUUUCGAGCUUGUUGCUUAUGCAACGAAGACAUCAUGCGGAUUGCCUGCUGCGGGAUUUUAAUAUGCCGGACUGGCCAGCACUCCGUCUUGACGAGCACGGCAGACUUGAUGUGCAGAUACUAUUCGACCAGGAAUUUCUGGCGGUGGUUUGUAUGCGAGAUUAUUCGGAGCCCAUCGAGCUGACCGCGUUGGCUUACAAUCUGAAUCGCAUGCGAGAGACUCGCAUUAUUGUUUGGCUGCAGGCUGAAACCGAGGGGGAAGCUUUCAAUGGUAUUUCGAAAAAGGCUGGGGAGCUACAUUUUGUAAACCUCUUGCUGUGCCACGCAGCACCCACUGGCUUAUUGAAGGUCUAUCGGCUUCUGCCAUUUCCGUUCCCGCGCUUUGAACCCAUUUAUAAUGUGGAUGUGGGACCCUAUUUUCGCAGAUCCUGGACAAAUUUCGGUGGAAUAACUGCACGCGCACUUCCAGAUCAGAUAUCCCCAGGUACCUUUAUCGUAACUGAUUGGCGCACUGGCGACCAGCGCUUGAGUGGCCGUGUUGGAAAAUUUGUAACCACAUUCACCAAAGGACGAAACAUUACCUUAAAAUAUACCCAGCCCGUGGAGGCUGGAAAAGUGAUUCUCCCAACUACACUAGAAAAUAUGACGCAUCAUGGAGAGCUAGAUCUACCGCUAAGUGUUAAAUUUCGUGGCACAUCAAGGCCAAGGCAUGGCAUUGAAUCAUCUGAACUUGUUGGCUUGGUUAACUGGAUCGUAAUCGUGCCCUGUAGACAGCUGUUGGAUAUUCAUGGUGUCUACAAUAUGUUAUUGGAGGAAAAUUGGGGUUUCUUCAUACUGGGAACAUACGUAGCCUUUGCAAUAAUCGAGACUUUAAUAGCGGCAGCGGAGUAUUAUCUGUGGCAUCAAAGACGCAGAUUUGAUUGCUACGGUCUUUUUGUGAAUCUACGGGUAUUCUGUGGCCUACUUGGCUUCGUUAUGCCAAUUCAAAGCUCGAAGUGUGUGGCCACGCGCCAAUUAAUUAUGAUUAUUUGUGUAUUUGGUUUGGUCUUCAGUAAUUUCUUUAGCGCCAAGCUCAGCACCUUGAUGACAAUGUUUCCCCAGUCCAGUGAGAUAAAUACAUUCGAAGACUUGGAGGCAGCACAAAUUCCUGUUAUAUUGGACCCACUUACUCAUGGAAAGCCUCUAUGCUUUCGCGACUUGAUGUGGUUGUGGAAAUUACUCCUUCUGUGCUAUGCCGCUGCUAUUCUGGUAUUUGUGGUCGAGUACUGUGUGGGCUACUGGCAAAAAGGGGGCUCCAUGAAUGUCGUGGUAGUGGUCUAG